CGCCAUGUUGGUUCAUUUCUGGGAGAUUAAGCAGAUUUUCUUUCUUUUUUUCAAUACCACAGUAUCGUGUUACAGCCAAGUUCGAGACCGAAGCAAGAACUUUCCAAUUUAAUUGUGCAUCGUGUGACCACUGACUAGCAUCACCAUGGUCUUAUUUUUUUCCAUAAUCCAAUUUUCAUUUUUUGCUUUGUCCGAGGCUUUGUUUAUAUUCGAUGUGUUUCCUUAUUCCUGACACCUAACCGAAAAGUAAAUAAUUUGAGAACUCAAGUUAUUGCUACACAAUCAGUGGUAAGAAUUGCGACUUCCUUUCUCUGUGGGGACUGUGGUGGCCACAAUUUCAGCAUGGUUUCAGUUUUCAGACUUAAAUGCAGGAGCAGCAGACGAAAACUCUUAAAGUUGAAGUGCGAACUGCGAAAAAUGCCUGGGAACAAGGCACGACCGAUUGUGUAUUUACACCCUUUGACCGCGCACAGAACAAGAAGAAUACCUGUUUAUUAAUAGGUUCACCAAGAAUAGUUAUUCUUGGUCGGUGCCUUCAUCAGCAUGAAGUUAUAUUCCACAAAAAGCCUCUGAUUUAUGCAGAAAAUUCAAUAAAAGGAAAAUCCUGGAAGCAGUCAAACAGGCUGCUAAUUACCAAUAUGGGUCCUGAUGUCAUAGACAGGACUGUAUAAUUAUAUUUUCAUUCAUUUAAAAUAGAAACACACGACUUGUGUUGAAUACUGAAAGCAAGGGGGCUGAAUUUCGUAGUCGAUUAACCUAAAAUGAUUGUGGGUAACUUAAUAAUUUUAAUCGGGGUUAUCGAUACGAUUUCGGUGAAGUGAACCCAUCAUUUAUGCAGAAGCGGAUACGUAUUCGAUUUCUUGGAUAGCCCAUGAAGUUUGGCUAGACACUCGUACCGUCCUUUUUAUUCUGUUGGAUUUCAAGUGGCAACAUUUUUAUUCCAUACCCACAAGCCAUUAAAAAUGUAAGUAACGACGUUUACAGAUUUGAAAGCGAGCUGGCACAGUACUACGGUGGGCGAGCAACCCAUGUGAAGCUAAAAAAAAGGAAAAAGUCCGUAAUGAAAGUUGUUUCAGCAUAAUUUUCCGACAAACUCUGAUCCUUUUGAAAUCAUGCGCGUGGAAUACAGAUUGGUAGAACUGAUGACAUAAAACAAGGGCCUACUAUUUUCUGUCGUUAAAUCAGGUAUUGGACACAUUAUUGCUAGUUGUCUUUGUGAUCGAUGCGUUGAAAUGAACAUGCAAAAUGAGGUGAUCAAGGUAUGCGUAACUAUUGUCUUUCGAUAACUAGAAUAAUUUUAAUCAUGGCAUAUAUGCCAAGUCAACAUUAAGUACUGAUUAAUGAACUGCAAACUUCUAUAGUUCUAUUGUUCUAUAGGAUUUCGGUGUUGCAACUUGUCGGUCUGGCAACUUCCUGAGCACCAGACGAUUACCAAUUCAAAGUUCUGACAACCAAAACAGAAAGACAAGUUUAAAAACAAACAGGCUGGUAAACUUAUACACGGCAUCGUGUUGUGUGAAUCUUGGAAAGUGACACUCAAACAAUGGCCAAUAUUCUUUCUUUUUCCGAUGAAGUUCUGUGCUGUAUAUUUGCGUCAAUUACGAACUUGCGCGACUUGCAUAACAUAAUGCUAACAUGUCAUCGAUUCCUAACAAUUAUUAAAAACUAUAACCAUUUAUGGGGGUUGGAAGUAAAAGUGAAGGAUAUGCUAUUAAGUCUAUCAUCUAGGUGUUUCCCAGUAGGUGAGCCAUCUAUCACAGAAGUACAAAUUUUCAAUUGUGAUAAAUAUCCAACACUCAGCGGAAUUGAAAAUGUGUUACAAAAUCAUAUAUUCGGUGAUAGAUUGAAAGAAAAUAUGACCUCCAGAUUCUAUGCCCGUAAGGUUCUGAAAUGUUUAAGGUACCAGAGGAUAGAAAAGAAGCUGCAAGAGCUGAUGGACUUACCUGAGUCCAAGACAUCCAUCUUGGAGGGUGCUGUUCUGAUUUGUCAGUGGGCACAAGCAGAAGAAGCAAAUCCGAUUAGUUUAUCCAAUGUUAGGCAAAAACUAAGGGAAAUCAGCAAUCAGGUCAAAGAAAUUCUUGUGGGCAAGUAUAACAUUGCAGAUCCACCAAAUGUCACUCCAAGUACAGCCAGAAAAGUCCUUCAUUGCAUAAAUCAAGUUUUAUAUGAUGAGAUGGGAUUCAAAGUAAUGCAAUCGAAUUACACAUUAGAGAAUGUGUUCAUUGACAAGGUACUUGAAUCAAGAACAAGUUUUCCUAUAACACUUUGCAUAAUUUAUCGGGAGGUGGCUCUAAGGAUGGGAAUUUAUUGCGAGCCUGUUCUAGCUAUUACCGCUCGGCCUGAUUUUCAUUCACAUACUUUUCUUCUCAAGUGGCGUGAAUACUCCAAUUUGAUUGAUGCCCCAAAUGGUGGAGUGAUGCGACAUCAUAACCCGGCUACGUACCCAGAGAUUUCAGCUGAGAACUUUUUGCUGCGGAUGGUGGAGUACAUGCGUUACAUCAGGCUGCAAAGUAUUAGAGCUAGAAGGAGAGAAGAGGGUCACCCUAGAACGUUGUGUCGUCUUCGGAGACAGAACGAACUGAGCUUUUCUCGAUUGGCAUGUGCUGUCUCUUCCGAACAAGCCCAGAAGGCCGCUCUUUACGCCCAGCUGUGCUUGGAUCUGGACAUGCCGCUGGAAGACGCCAUUCAAGUUCUUCAGCGGGUUGAAAAUCUUCGCUGCUCUCGUCUGAUGGAAAAUUGUGUCACCAAAGCGAAAGAGCAACAGGCUAUCAUGAAGAAGAAAUAUGCCCAAUUUCGAUUGCCUUUCGUUAAAUAUGCAGUGGGCCUCGUUAUGGCAUACAAAGGCAGUUUAAACAAAUCCCCCGUAUUCUGCGUUAUCAACUCGUGGACAAAUGACGGUAAAAAUAAAACACGCUAUAACGUACUCUUUGACGGCGGUGAUUCUUCCCUUGUUCCUGAAGGAACAUUAAGUCUACUGAACACCGGAUCCAAUAUAAUUGACCACCCGAAUAUCGGGAUGUAUUUUAAGCGAUUUGACGGGCGACGCUACAUUCCCAAUAUUGAAUUGAGGACAAUGUACCCAGAGGAUGAGGCAUUUGCGUUAUCAUUAAUUCCAUAACAUCUCGAAUCAGUAUCCGCUCUCAAAAAUCGUAUUUAUUUAUUCAUUCCUUCCUGCCUGUUUUUUUCAAAUAGUCUACGAGUUGGGUGACUCCCUAAAAAUGCCAUUAAAUACUGUUGACAUCAA